AGAAGCGCAAAUGUUGUGGGGUCCGAUCCAGUGUAGAAUCUUGCCGGUAAGGUUGUUAGCAUCAGGUUUGUGUGUGUGUGUGAGCUAGAGAGAAAGAGAAACCCACGGAGGGAUUGGUUGUGGGAGGAGUAUUGGACGCCAAUUGGUCAAGAUGAGGCUUCUCACGCACAACAUGCUGGCGUGCAACAUCAAGGGAGUGACGAAAGGAUUUCCGCUAGGAAUAGAGCACACGCGCCUGGAGACCAAGGAGUCGGAGCUCAAUGCGGAUUUCUUGAGACACAUUUUCCCUAAACUUGACUGGAAGGCGUUUCACGAGGCGGCGCAGAGUGUUGGUGUGAAUAACAUUCCCGACCAGGUCGAGCCUGUUAUGUUGGACGAUGAUGAAUUUCUUCGAAAAUUUCACCACGCGCUGCUUGAGGUCCAUUUGGAGGAAGGUGCUCUGAUAUGUCCAGAAACUGGCCGACGAUUUCCAGUGACAAAAGGUGUUCCUAAUAUGCUACUAAAUGAAGACGAGGUUUAGGCUUAUUUCCACAGCUGACUUUGUUUGUUGGUUUGCAGAAGUGAGGUUCUUAGAGGCUUUUCUAAUUGUCCUGCAGCUUUAGGUUGAAGUGUUGCUUGUAGCGGCUUCGAGCUCCUCCCCACAAUUGUAAUGUUUGUGGUGGUUGUUAUCCUCAUAGCUAGUGCCUUUUGUUUUUUUUCACCUAGAUCUUAAGCAUGCAUUGUAACACAAACCAAGAGUAAGGUAUAUGAACGUCUAAACCCACAUGCAGGGCUCAUGCCCUAGCUUAAAGUAUCUGCAGCAAGUCUGGACAGAUCUUCACGCAUGUUUGAAACUUGAUGUUCAUUUAUCAUUUGAGCUUUUUUAGCACUUUU